AUGCCUACUUUCCAAUCAAAAACGUUUCGUCGAGCGACCACUGCAUCCUCCUCCUUCGGAGAGCGUCUUGGUGCAUUCUACCGGGCCCGGCUUACUCGACACCCUUUUCUUCUCUUCGGCCUUCCUUUCAUGGCCGUGAUUGUAGCUGGAUCUUUCGCUCUGACUCCAGCUGCAGCCCUUCGGUACGAACGAUACGAUCGCAAAGUUCAACAAGUCAGCAAAGAGGAAGCUUUUGAAUUGGGGCUGAAAGGUCCAGAUGGAGAAGAGGGAAUCAAGCGGAACCCUCGUCGCAGAAUUAUUGGUGACGAACGCGAGGAAUACUAUGUACGAGCUCCGAUGACCCGAGUCCGUUCGAUUGCCCAACGAUUGGACGGCAUGCUGAUCGCAUUCACAGAGACUUAUGGCGAAGGACUUGGACAACUGGGAACAGAAACGAGUGAAGCGAUUCGAUGGCGAGCCCGACGGAAGGAUAUGAGAUGA